AGCCUUCCCGCCGGCAUGCCCGGGGAGCAGAUGGACCCGACUGGAAGUCCGUUGGAAUCGGGUUUCUCUCAGCAAGACACCCCUUGUCUCCUCAUCGAAGACUCCCAGCCUGAAAGCCAGGCUCAAGAUGAUGCUGAUGUUGCUGCUGCAGCUGGUGGUUCUCGCUUCCCUCUCCUCUCUCGGCACCUCCCGCAUCUACUACCGGCACACAAAGACGACCCCGAGUUGGAUGUUGCAUCUAAUCCCAAACAAGCAGUUGAAGAAGAGCAAGGAGACAAUAAUGGUGAACAUAUGAAAGAAAAAGUGGAAGAACCUAUGGAUUCUUCUCAUUUGGACACAUGUGGUUUCAUCAGUCCGGUGAUAGAACAGUUACCUCAGCGAAAGAGAACAAGCAGUAUUCUGGAAAUGCCGGUAGAAUCUGCUCCUAUGGAAGAAAAGGAAAAAGAGAUGGGAGAGAAAGUACAAGAUGAAAAGGAAGAAGAUAAUCUGGAUGAGAUCACACACUCCCUUGAUGGUGAAGAUCCUGCUUCAUCACAGUUAGGCUUUGGUGUUUUGGAACUUUCCCAGAGCCAGGAUGUUGAAGAAAAUACUGUGCCAUAUGAAGUAGAAAAAGAACAUGUCAAGUCAGCGACCACCAACUCUGGGUAUACUGGGCUGUCCAAUGUUGAUGCUAAUAUUGCAACGAAACUUAAAGAACAGUCUAGUGAUGCUCUCUCCAUGGCAGAACAACCCAACAAGGAUGUCACUGCCAAUAAGGAUAUAAAGGUGGCAAAAGAGCAAAAUCCCCUACUUGCAAGGUCAGAGAACAUGAUUACUAGUUCCAAAGUAUCUCUUGCUAUGGAAGCAAAACAACUAUCUGCUCAAGAACAUCUGGAAAGUGGACUGCAGGUUGAGAAGUCACCAGAGCCUCGGUCUACUCAGGAAGACAUGUUUGACCAGAGCAGUAAAACAGAUUGUUCCACUCCUUCAAGAGAAGAUGGUGGGUGUUCUCUGGCCUCCACACCUGCCACUACUCUGCACCUUCUGCAGCUUUCUGGUCAGCGGUCUAUUGUUCAGGACAGUCUUUCUACAAAUUCUUCAGAUCUUGUUGCUCCUUCUCCUGAUGCUUUCCGGUCUACUCCUUUUAUUGUUCCAACUAGUUCCACAGAACAAGAAGGGAGAAAAGAUGAUCCAAUGAAUAUGUCAGUGUUACCUGAAGAAGGAGGAGAAUCUUUUCAGAAGAAAUUUACACCAGUAGAGAUAGAUAAUCAUCCUCUUCCAGCUGAGCCUAUUAUAUCAACACCAGUAUCUCAGAGCACACCAGUACCUGGGUCACUCCCUGUCCCAACCCAACCAGAGUUUUCUCAUGACAUUUUCAUUCCAUCUCCAAGUUUAGAAGAACCAUCAAAUGAUGGGAAAAAAAGUGGGGAUUUGCAUAGUUCCUCUUUGACUGUUGAGUGUUCUAAAACAUCAGGAAUUGGACCACAGAAUUCUACAGAGGAUAUUGGGCUAUCGCUGACAGGGGAUUCUUGUAAAUUGAUGCUGUCUGCGAGUGAGUAUAGUCAGUCCCCAAAGAUGGAGAGUUUGAGCUCUCAUAGAAUUGAUGAAGAUGGAGAAAACACACAGAUUGAAGAUACAGAACCCAUGUCUUCUGUUAUUAAUUCCAAGCCAGUUCCUGCUGAAAACAGUAAUGUCUUAAGGAAUCCAGAACAAGAUGAACAAGUAGAACUGAGUCAGAAUGAUGACAGAGAAAAGGGAGAAGACAUGGAAACAAGAGAUGGUAGUAGCAUUUUAACUACUGAUUGCAAAGGUAGAGAAGAUAGUGUAGCAGAAGAUGUCUGUAUUGAUCUCACAUGUGAUUCAGGGAGUCAGGCAGUUCCUUCUCCAGCUACUCGAUUUGAAGCACUCUCUAAUGUGUUAGAUCAGGAAGAAGCUAUGGAAAUAAAAGAUCAUCAUCCAGAGGAAGGGUCGACAGGUUCUGAUGUGGAAGAAAUCCCUGAGACUCCACGUGAAAGUCAAGAAGAGGAGCCUAAAGAAGAAGAAAUGGAGAGUGAGCCACUCCAUCUUUCUCUCGCUGAAACCCAAUCCCAAGGAUUGUGUCUUUCAAAGGAAAUUGCCAAACAAGAGUGCCAGGACACUAUGGAAGUUGAAACCAGUGUGAUUAGUAUUGAUUCUCCUCCAAAGCUCCCAGUAUUUGACCAAGAAUUAGAACAUAAGGAUCAGGAAGCUUGGGAAGAAGCCACAUCAGAGGAUUCAAGUGUUGUCAUCGUAGAUGUGAAAGAACCAUCUCCAAGAGGUGAUGUUUCCUGUGAACCUUUGGAAGGAGUAGAGAAAAGCUCAGAUUCCCAGUCAUGGGAGGAUGAUGCUCCAGAAAUGGAACCAUGUGCUGAGAAUAGGUCAGAUCUCCAAGAGGAAAAGAAUGCAGACAGUGAAAGAGGUUUGAAAUCAGUGACUGCAGAAAAGGAAACUAUUGAGGCAGACUCCCCACAGCCUCUCUUGACUAUCCUAAGAAUGGAUGAUGCCCUGAGAUGUAAUGAAGAGAUGCGGCAGACUCAAUCUCAAGAUAGAAAAGAUAACACCUUAAUAGAAAACUCAAAAAUGGCUAAUGCAAACCAGCUGGGUGCAGGUAUAGAGGCCCAGCAGCUGGAUAAGGCUCAUGCAUCACAAAGCUUCUGUGAAAGCUCUAGUGAAACUCCAUUUCAUUUCACUUUGCCUAAAGAAGGUGAUAUUAUCCCACCAUUGACAGGUGCAACUCCACCUCUUAUUGGCCACUUAAAAUUGGAGCCUAAAAGGCAUAGUACUCCUAUUGGUGUUAGCAGUUACCCAGAAAGCACUGUAGCAGCCACUGAAGUGAUGUCUGAAAGUAUGGUGGAGAUGAAUGAUCCUGUACAUGAGAAUGAAAAAGGAGAUUUUGGGAUUACCCCAGAAACAGAUAAGUUGUCUCUAAGAAUGAAACUGGUGACUCCUGAGACUGAGGAAAGUGAAGAAUCUUUGCAGUUUACCCUGGAAAAACCUACAAUUGGUGUAAGAGAAAGCAGAUCUGCUGCUGUUGCUGAGGCUGUUGCCAGUCCUCAGAAGACCGUGUCUGUGUUUAGCUCUGAAACUCGGCAACAUAAUGAGGCUCGAAGUCAAGAUUCCCAUUCUGCACCCAUCAGGGGGAACUUGCUUCGUUUUCCAAGUACUCAAGAAGACAAAGAAAAAUUGGGAUCUGCUAGUCCUGCCAGGGACCAUACUUUUCCUUUCUCCCAGCGGAUGACUAUACAGAGGUCAUCUAGUCCUCAAGAGGAAGCAAUGGAGACAGGUGUCCCAGAAGGCCAGCAAGAAGGACAAAAUAAUAAUUGGGAAAAACCUGUUAAGGCUUUGAUUGAAAGGCCCAGCCAAAAUAACAUAGGAAUCCAGACAAUAGAACAUUCCCUUUCGGCCCCAGAAACUGUUUCAGCAGCAACUCAGACUGUAAAGAAUGUUUGUGAACAGUGGACGAGUACAGUGGACCAGAACUCUGGAAAGCAAGAUGCUACAGUUCAGACUGAGAGAGGGAGUGGUGAAAAGCCAGUCAGUGCUUCUGGGGAUGAUACAGAGUCACUGCAUAGCCAGGGAGAGGAGGAGUUUGAAAUGCCUCAGCCUCCACAUGGCCAUGUCUUGCAUCGCCACAUGAGAACAAUUCGUGAGGUUCGCACACUUGUCACUCGUGUUAUCACAGAUGUGUAUUAUGUGGAUGGAACAGAAGUAGAAAGAAAAGUGACAGAGGAGACUGAAGAGCCAAUUGUAGAGUGUCAGGAAUGUGAAACUGAAGUUUCCCCUUCACAGACUGGGGGUUCUUCAGGCAAUCUGGGGGAUAUCAGCUCCUUCUCCUCCAAGGCCUCCAGCUUACACCACACGUCAAGUGGGACAAGUCUCUCAGCCAUGCACAGCAGUGGCAGCUCAGGGCGAGGAGCCGGACUACUCAAAGGGAAAACCAGUGGGACAGAACCUGCAGAUUUUGCCUUGCCCAAUUCCCGAGGAGGCCCAGGAAAACUGAGAGAGACAGCUGUUCCUGGCCCUUUGGGCAUAGAGGACGCUUCACCUAAUAUGUCACCGGAUGAUAAAACCUUCACCCGCAUUGUGUCCCGAGUGCCAGAUUCCACCAAACGAGCAGAUGUGGGUGCUGGCACCUUGCGUCGGAGUGACUCUCCUGAGAUUCCUUUCCAGGCCGCUGCUGGCCCUUCUGAUGGCCUAGAUGCUUCUUCUCUGGGGAAUAGCUUUGUAGGGCUUCGUGUUGUUGCUAAGUGGUCAUCCAAUGGUUAUUUUUACUCUGGAAAAAUCACACGAGAUGUGGGAGCUGGGAAGUAUAAAUUGCUCUUUGAUGAUGGGUACGAGUGUGAUGUGUUGGGCAAAGACAUUCUGCUGUGUGACCCCAUUCCACUGGAUACUGAAGUGACAGCACUCUCAGAGGACAAGUAUUUCAGUGCAGGAGUGGUCAAAGGUCACAAGAAGGAGUCUGGAGAGCUGUACUACAGCAUUGAAAAAGAAGGACAGAGGAAGUGGUAUAAGCGGAUGGCUGUCAUCCUUUCCUUGGAGCAAGGGAACAGACUGAGAGAGCAGUAUGGCCUUGGUCCAUAUGAGGCAGUAACACCCCUCACAAAGGCAGCAGAUAUCAGCGUAGACAAUUUGGUAGAAGGGAAGCGGAAACGACGCAGUAACAUUAGCUCCCCAGCUACCCCUACUGCUUCUGGCAGUAGCAGCACAACCCCUACCCGUAAGGCCACAGACAGUCCUCGAGCCUCCGUGGGAGCUACUUCAGGCAAAAGAAAACUGAUGGUUUCUGAAGAGGAACGGUCCCCUGCCAAGCGAGGUCGGAAGUCUGCCACUGUGAAACCUGGUGCGAUGGGGGCAGGAGAGAUUGUGAGCCCCUGUGAGGCUGGAGACAACAUGGGUGAAACAUCCACCCUGGAGGAGCAGAGAGGGCCAUUGCCCCUCAACAAAACCUUGUUUCUGGGUUAUGCCUUUCUCCUCACCAUGGCAACCACCACUGACAAGUUGACCAGCCGCUCCAAACAACCAGAUGGUCCUCCAGGAAGCAGUGAGGAAGAGGAGGAUAUUUUAGAAAUUCCUCCAUUUAACAAGCAGUACACUGAAUCUCAGCUUCGAGCAGGAGCUGGCUAUAUUCUUGAAGACUUCAAUGAACCCCAGUGCAACACAGCCUACCAAUGUCUCCUAAUUGCUGAUCAGCACUGUCGAACCCGGAAGUACUUCCUGUGCCUUGCCAGUGGGAUCCCUUGUGUCUCUCAUGUAUGGGUCAAUGACAGUUGUCAUGCCAACCAGCUACAGAAUUAUCGAAAUUACCUGCUGCCAGCUGGGUACAGCCUUGAAGAACAAAGAAUUCUGGAUGAUAUUGCAUUAGGUGUGUUUGAUGUGGUGGUGACGGAUCCUUCAUGCCCGGCCUCGGUGCUGAAGUGUGCGGAAGCAUUGCAGUUGCCCGUGGUGUCACAGGAGUGGGUCAUCCAGUGCCUCAUCGUUGGGGAGAGAAUUGGAUUUAAGCAGCAUCCAAAAUACAAACAUGAUUAUGUUUCUCACUAAGGAUACUUGUUCUUACUGGUUUUAUUCCCUGCCGUUGUGGAGAUUGUGUUUUAAUGAGGUUUUAAGUGUGUCUUUGUGUGUAACUGGAUUCUUUGCAUGGAUCUUGUAUAUAGUUUUAUUUGCUGGACUUUUAUGAUAAAAUAAAUGUUGAAUCUCUUUGGUUGUAAAAAAAAAAGAAAA